AUGGAUCGCUUAGAAAUUGCUUUUAAAAAUGUCCAUGCUUUUAGAGCAUUGGCUGCAUGGAUGUACACUUUCACAAAAGAGAGCGUGUUUAUGAUCAUUAAUAGAGAAGAAAUAAAGUUAAUUUACGAAGACGCUAGCCGAGGAACAGUUAUGGGAUUUUUGAAGUUUUAUAAAAAUGAAGGACGACAAACUUAUGAAUCUGUUGAAUCUAUUAAAGUAAAUUGCACCUAUUCUAACAAUGAAUUCACAUUUGAAUUUAACCCUGAAUGCUUAAAGCAAGCGUUAGAUUGUAUGGCAGAAGAUAAAAGGAUCGUCAAGAUGGAACUUAAAGACCAUGAAGAUGGUCACAUUCUUUUGUUUACAGGGUAUACCACCGGAUGCUUUGAACGAUCCAUAUCAAAAUUUUACGUGAAUUUGCAAAAUUCACCACCACAACUUCCAUCAAUGAAUGUAGUCAAGUAUGUCACCAAUUUAAACACCCAAGUGAAAAUCAAGGUAGGAACUUAA